ACAAACGAAACGAGACGAAUAACGAAAAAGAAACGUAUUUUGUAUUUUUCAUGUUAAUUUAAUUAGAAAAGAAUCAGUUUUUGUGGUCGUUUUGUGAAAUUUGUGCAUUAUUUUAUAUUUUGUAUAAAUAAAAUUGAAGAAAAUCCAAGAAAAUUGCGUUCAAAUGUAAUAUACACGUUCAAGGCAUAAUCCGUAUUGAUGACGUCUAUUUUCGAAUACGAACAACAACGACGACGACCUUUACCGUGAAUUUAUACCGUGUGUAAUUUAUAAUAAAUUUUGUCAACGACAACUGCAAUAUUUGGAUAAAACUAGUGACUGAAUAGCAAAUUCAAAGUGUAAGACCCGACAAUGAGAGAAUAUCAACCGGCUGGUUUAUUUGUGACGGCUGCGUCAACGUAUGCAAACCAAACAGCAACCGAAGCACCAACAACCGAUCAUCCAAUGCAUUCAAUGUUGAACGGCAUCGAGUCCGGAAUACGUUCACCAAUGUCGACGGACAGUCAGCUUUCGUUGUUGACAACAGCAUCAUCCAGUGUUUCACAAUCGCCACAGUGCGAUUGGCCGGAAUUUCAAGAAAAUUACAAUUCAAUUAUGGACAAUACAAAUUUACUCGAUAGUUGUGCGGCUGCAUUGAAUGACAUUAGCAGCGGUGAAGAUGGACUGUUUACAAUUCAAGCGGAAAAAUUGCGAAAAUUCAAUCGUUCGCUUAGUUCAACAACAAGUUCAUCGUUCGGAUCGGAUCCGGCGUUGGCAACGUCUGUUACAUCGGAAAAAUGCGUUGAACAAUUUACGAAAUGGCUUUGUGAAAUGGAAAAUCGAGUUGCGGCCCAACCAAAACUAUUGAAAAUCAGUGCAAUGAAAGCGAAACAAAAGGCCGCUCAAAAGGAAAUCCAUUCAAAUAUUUACAAAGAAAUUGUCGCACAACCGUGCAUUGUAAAAGGAAACGAACACAAGUCGCUUCAAGAACGAUAUCAUGUGUUAUAUUUAAAAGUAUACGAGGUGUUAAUAUUGCUUGAAGGAUUGCCCGCCAACAUUUUUUCGCCAUCAUCAAAUCCCAUUCUCGGUGAAUCAUUCAACGAAUUGGAGUGUAGCUCGAGUACAGAAAGCAAAGAACAUUCAUCAGAUCACGUUGACCAUGGUGAUAAUGAACAUGAACAUUUUGACUAUGAGUACAGUGAUAAAACCAUCGAUACAGAACAAAAAACACCAAUUUACACUGAAACCAGCGUGUUAUCAACGAGCAUUGGCACAUACUAUUUCAACUAUGACGAUAGCAUCGUACAACAACAAACAAAUGAUGAUAACAUUCAAUUGAGCAGCACUAUUUUUGAAAACAAUGAUAAGGAGUUUACAUUUGAACAUGAUUUGCAUUCAUUGCUCAAUGCAACCGAUAGCCUGUGCAUCAAGUCAUACGGUGAACAUACAGCAGUUUCAGAAGGGCAACGACCAAUUCAACAACAUUUACAGCCGAACGAAACGUUUGAUCCGAAGAAAAAAUACAUUUGGAAUGAAAUCGAUUUUAGUAAAUUGGCCGCCGAAACACAACCGCAAGGAAAUUGUCUAACGAACGAUUAUCAUCACAAAGUGUUCGAUUGGUUGCACACGAAAACGACAACGACACCCGCCGAUAGUUACAAAUCGAAAUCAACGGUUAGUUUGGACGGUUUAACAGCAAGAACGAUCGAAGACGACUAUCGUCUGGUAUAUCGUGCCAAAUCGGAAAUGGAUUUAUCGAAAAGUCAUCAGUGUCAUCGAUUGGAUACGUACAAUCGGACGUCAUCGUUGCACACUUCAGUAAAUUGUUUGCCAACGAAUUUGAGUCCAAGCAAACGCUUAUCGACGUCGUUAAGCGAUUCAAUUCCGGAGGAAAGUUCAUUAAUUUGGGAUAACUUUCAAUUGGCCAAUGAAUUUAUGAAAUCAGAUAGUGAUUUUGCCGGCAGCGAUUUGGAUACGAAAGAUUUAAUCAAUAAAUUGUGCUACUUUGGCGAUGAUUAUUCGAUGCAUUUGAACGAUGCACUCGUCGCCAACACAACCGAAAGUGAAAAUGAAUCAGUCCAGAGUGUUGCCAAAUCACCGAACAAAGAAAAGACGAUAUUGAAUGUCUUCGAAACGCCACCAUCGUCAAAAUGUGAAUUGAUUAAAACUAGACGCAGCCGUCGCAUUCGUAACAAACGCUUCAAAAAUUACUCAACAACUUCAACAUUAGAUUCGUCAUCGUCUGCAUCACAUUCAACAUUCUCACUGGAUCAAUCAUCCGAUGCUAAUUUAUCCGAAGCCACAACGGCAUCAGUCAAUUCAAAUAUUCACGUUGAUGAUUCACAAUCGGCAAUAACACACACCGCAUUCGUACCCGAACAGACAAUUUCGUACAACACUGAUGAAAAACAAUUUGAACUACACACAAAGGACCACAACGAACCAAAGAAAAUGAAAAUUAAUGAAAUGCGACCCGAAGACUUUUAUGACAUUGUCAAAAUGUGUCAGAGUAACAUCGAUUGUGUGAUAACAGUUUUGGGCGCUGAAUCCGGUCGCAUUCUCACCGUUGCUUAUUGCCAACAAAUGAAGUACGAACGAUAUCAAAAGUCAAACAAUGAAACAUGCAAAUGCGAACAACAACAACACCAACACCAACAAAACACGAACACAACCAUUGAAAAUAUGCAAAUGACAAAAGAGACGGAAUGCAAUUGCAACGGUCAAAUCGCCAUGAGUAUAUCGAACGAAACGUGCAUAUGCAGUUGGGUAUCGCAUCAAAUAGCAAUGAUAUUAAAUUUUCUCAUCGAUUGUUGGAACGUUUUCCGAAACAUGAAAUUAUACACGUAUUUGUGCCGGGUUACCAAGGCUCUGUUCGGUUCAACGCGAUACGUGGCCGAUCACCUCAAAGCAAAAAAAGACAUUGUCAACGUCAAAGCAAUCAAAUAUUCAUGAAAUAAAAUAAAAUUUGAACAAAAGUAAGUUAGGAUUUUUGAAAUCGUAUCGCAUAUCACUUUUGCAAAUGUCACAAGUGUCAAUUAUUAACUUAGGAAGAAAUGAACUAUCAAUAUCGUCCAUUUAUCUCAUAUCAAUUUAUAGAGUUUUUUUAUGGUGUUAAUUUUGGAUUCGUGGCGAAUAUUGCGUGAAAAGAUAAUGCACAAAAUCUAUUUCGUAACCAGUUUAACAAUUCUCAUUGAAUUCGUAAUAAUACCGAUAAGUGAUUUAAUAAAAACGAAUAUCGUUAUCAAAAUGUUUAGAAUAAUAUGACCAAAGGGAAAAAUGUUGAAAAAUGAAUAUUGAAAAAUGUUCGAGUAUA